GCGCUGAGGGGAGACAGGCAGCAGUAUGAAGGAGCUGGAAGAGGAGCUCAGUCUGAAGGUCUUGAGCUGUCUGUCAGUGAAAGCUGCAGCUCUGUGAUGGCACAGCGCUGUCCUCUGCUCCUGUCUCUCUCUCUGUCUCUGUCUCUCUCUCUGUCUCUCUCUGUGAGCACAGCUGAAAGUUCUCCACUCUUAGACCAGCACCUUCAGCCAGCAGAAGCGGAGGGAUUCCUCGAGAAGUACGGCUACCUGCAUGACGAGCAGCACACGCACAGCGCAAAUGAAGUCAAGUCAGCCGUCAGGGAGUUCCAGUGGCUGUCCCACCUGCCCGUCACUGGACAGUUGGACAGCGCCACCUUGGUGAAGAUGUCCUUGCCGCGCUGUGGGGUGAAGGACAGGGGUAGUCACGAAGCCUGGGCACAGAGGGUCAACACCAUUUUCUCUGGCCAGAGCCGGCAGCACCUACGCAAGAAGCGCUACACUCACCCAGGGGAGAAGUGGUACAAGCGUCACCUGACAUACCGCAUCGUGAACUGGCCGCGGCACCUCUCACAGGGUCCCGUGCGUCUUGCUGUGCAGACGGCCUUCCAGCUUUGGAGUAACGUGUCUGGGCUGGUCUUCCAGGAGGUCAGCCAGAGUCCAACAGACAUCCGACUGGCCUUCUACGAGGGAGAGCACAACGACGGAACAAGCAAUGCAUUCGAUGGCCCAGGCGGCGCAUUGGCUCACGCUUUUUUCCCGUGCCGGGGUGAGGCUCACUUUGACAAGGCAGAGCGCUGGACCCUGAAUGGCCAUAAAGGACAUAACCUUUUCCUGGUGACCGCUCACGAGAUCGGCCACACGUUGGGAUUGGAGCACUCACCCGUCCGUCACGCCCUCAUGUCGCCCUACUACAAGAAGAUGGGGCGCAGCCUGCUGCUCAGCUGGGACGACAUUACAGCAGUGCAGCAGUUAUACGGUAAGCCAUCUGGUGGUGCUGGGGUGCAGAUACCAGGCCGGGCUCUGAGCUGGGCCAUGCAGGACUGGGAACUAGCUGAGGAGCCUACAGACAGGAACCUUUCCCAGCCGCAGUAUUGCCAAGGCCUGUUCGAUGCCAUCACAAUGGAUGGGAACGGGACAGUGCUGGUCUUUAGGGGUGGGCUGUUCUGGACGGUGUCGUCUGAGGGGAACGUAAGUGCCCCUCUUCUUCUUCAGCAGCGCUGGCCUCACCUCCCAUUCGCCAUCGAGGCUGUUGCCUUCUCCCCACUGGACAGCAAGCUGUACUUUUUAAAAGGCAAGCGAAUCUGGCGGUACUCCGGCACCAACCUGGACCCUGGCUUCCCCAGGAAGAGCAGCGAGUCGGGCCUGCCGCGCCAACCGGACUGCGCCUUCUUCUACAGCCCUUUGGGCCGCAUGGUCUUUUUUAAAGGCUCACGCUACUUUGUGCUCAACCUAGAGACGCUUCGUUCUGAGCCGUACUACCCACGCAGCCUUGCAGACUGGAAGGGGGUCCCCAGGGGGGCUAACGGGGCACUGACCAGGCCGGACGGAAAAAUUUACUUCUUCCGAGAGCAGCAGUACUGGAGGUUUGACCCAGGGAAGGUGCGGGUCACUCGGACCGGGCAGUGGGCCAAAACAUUAGAAUGGACCGGCUGCCACAGGACUCCCUCAGAACAGAGCAAUGACACACUGUGACCAGCAGGGGGAGCCAUGAAACAGCUAUUGACUUGAAUCUGUGAUCUUUAAACUGGUUCCUAGGGGCCCUCCAGUUCGUCUCCGUUUUUCUCCAUGCAUCCCAUCUUAUGAAUUAGGUAGUAGCAAAAAUGUGGACUGACUGUGAGGCUCCAAUGAUCCAGACUGAUCCAAAUUUGAUUUGAACGAAAUGAAAAGGGGUGAAAACUGAACAAGAGCAACAUUUAACAGAAUGUACCUGAGAACUGCAGCAAAGCCAAGCUAUUUAACAAAUGUGGUUAGCUAGUAAAUAGACUUCUUAGUUUGUUACAGUUCAUUAUUACAGGAUCCAGGACUUUAUUGGUUCGUACUAAAAAGAAAGGUCCCACUUUAUAUUAAGUGUCUCUAAUAACGGUGUCGUUACACAUGAAUAACAUAUGC